UAUAGUAUUUCUCUAAUGUUUUCGGGAAAGCUCGAGCUGAAGGCACUAGGUGUAUGGUUAUCUAAUGGAAGUGCCAGAGGUUCCUCGCACCACCGCUAUUAUAUAUUUACGAAGGAAGUAGCUAAGCUAACUGGGCUAGCGAGUCAAACAAGCCGAAGAGACAGGGACUCGCGUUUCUGGUUGCUCUUUUAAUGAAACCGUACCUUAUAUGACGAUUGUGGGGUUUUCGUGUGAAAACAACGUGCGGGAGGUUUUUUAAUAUUAAAACUAGAAUUACUCUAUCAGCUAGCUACGCAUCUGGGUAACGUUAGCUAGCUAACUAACUAGCAGGGGGGGUACUGAUUUGUUUCCCACAAAGUUUGGUAGCUAACAGCCCAGCUCUCCUGUUCUGACUUAAGACUCUGAGAAGUAUUUUGAGGCACAAAGUACGGCGCUAACAUGAUGGAGACUACUGGAGUCUGUGGAAUGGAAGCAGCUUCACGUGGCCUUGUGGAGGGUAGCAGUUCCCCUCCAGCUAGCGUGACCCCUUCUCCAGACAACCUUGCGGAGUUUGGAGAACUGAUUAAUACCUGCUGCCAUGAAGAGGUAAGAGGGGAGACACCUGGAAGAGAAGAUUGCCAGAUUGACCCCCUUGAAGGAGAACUGGACUCGAGUGGCAAUCAGAACAAGGAUCAAAAUAUGUUUGGUAAAGAGGUGCUGUUACUGAUGCAAGCCCUUCAUACUUUAGCCACUCCCGAGGAAAAACUUGCUGCUCUUUGCAAAAAGUAUGCUGACCUGCUAGAAGACAGCCGCAGUAUGCAGAAGCAAGUGAAGGUGUUGCAGAAGAAGCAGACACAGGUCCUAAAAGAGAAGAUCCACCUUCAGAGCGAACACAGCAAGGCUAUUCUGGCUCGCAGCAAACUCGAAAGCCUUUGUAGGGAACUGCAACGGCACAACAAGACCCUGAAGGAGGAGAACGCCCAGCGGUUCAGAGAAUAUGAAGAGAGGCGUAAGGAAGCCACACUUCACUUUCAGAUGACUCUCAAUGAGAUCGAAACACAGAUGGAGCAGCACAACACCCACAACACCAAGCUGAGGCAGGAGAACAUGGAGCUGGCUGAGAAACUCAAGAAGCUCAUCGAGCAGUAUGAGCUUCGGGAGGAGCACAUUGACAAGGUGUUCAAGCACAAGGAGCUUCAGCAGCAGCUGGUUGAUGCAAAUCUUCAGAGGACGGCUGAGCUGAUGAGAGAGGUGGAAGAGAAGCAGCAGAGAGAGAGAGAACUUCUCCUCAAAGAUGCAACAGAAUCAAGACAUAAAUGUGAGCUGAUGAAAGAGCAGGAGCUUCAGUUGAAGCAGCAGCUGACUCUUUACAUGGACAAAUUCGAAGAGUUUCAAACGACACUUGCUAAGAGCAACGAGGUGUUCACCUCCUUCAGACAGGAGAUGGAGAAGAUGACCAAGAAAAUCAAGAAGCUGGAGAAGGAGACCACUCUCUGGAGGACCAAAUGGGAGACUAAUAACCAGACCUUACUGCAGAUGGCCGAAGAGAAAACUGUGCGAGAUAAACAGUACAAGGUUCUCCAAGGGAAACUGGAGCGUCUGGAGAAGCUGUGCAGAGCCCUUCAGAGGGAACGCAAUGAUCUGAGCCAGAAGCUAGGAGCUCUCCAGGGCCCAGCGAAGGAUCCUGAAGAGGAGGGGACGGGGCCUCCGGAUCCCCAGCCAGAGCAGGCUUUCAGUCUGCCUGCCAGUGUAGGAAUGGAGGGAGAGCUAGAGGGAGAAAUGGAAUGUUUGGCUCCUGAGACGGAGAGGCUGGCGCUGCAGCCGCAGAGUGAGGAGUCAACAAGAGAGCAUCUUCAUGACGACUGAGCCAGACCCGUUGAGAGACUAUUUCUUUUCUUUUCUUUUUUUCUUUUGUGGAGGUAUAUAUUUUUGUGUAAUAGUUAAUAAUUAAAACUAAAACAAACAUCAUUAGUAUGAAAAAGGCUCUGUACAUCGGUAAUUGGCUUUGUGAUGAGCACUUUUUACUCGCUUUUUCUACCACAUGUGCAAACAAUCAUGUGUGUCCAGCAACAACAUGAACUAAACAGCUUUAGUGUUCUUUUAGUUUCGGUUUUCCCCUUCCUGCUAAUUUGUCCUCUGAUUUCAGAUUAUUAUUUUUUUUUGGACAAAAUGUAGCUCUCAGAUCUGGCUUCUAGUAGUAUUUGAAAUAAACAAAUUCAGAUGCAUAAAAAGAUAGUGCUAAUUUUGACAUAACCGUCUGUAGUUAACUAACCAACUGUGUCUAACAGUGCAGUUGCAGGGCAUUCAUGUAAAAAAAGAAAAAAGA